UCCGUCACACAUACCCUUCCUCACUGGCUCCAUCAUUCACAACCUCUCCCUCUCUCUUUCUCUCCCUCUGUUGUCGCCUCAGCUUUCCCUUUGCAUAUGUGCGUUUGUGUCUGCAUGUGAGUCAGCUGCAUCCUCAGCACCUGGGACAUUACCUCCAGCCUCCACAGGGGAAGCUGCAUCACCAACACUUGGAUCCAAAGGAAACAAUCCUUCAGGUUUGUUAUUAAGGGCUCCAGAACAGACUCUCUGCAGGUGUGUGAGAGGAGAGGGAGGUCAACAUGGGCUCCAGCUCCUCCUCUUAUGCCCCCAAAGCCAUUUACCUGGAUGUGGAUGGGAAGGUGCAAAAGGUGGUGUUCAGCCGACACUGCAGUCCAUGUGACAUCAAAGAGCUUCUGUGUUCCUCAUCUAACAUUCCAAGGAACACUGCCAUCAUGAUGGUGGAUCCAGAAGGUGCCUUAGUUUCCAUUGACCCCACCAUGCCCACCAACUCUCCAAACUCUUUGUACAAAGUUGUCCCUCUGUCUACCGGUCAGCUUGGAGAGAAGGAGGACAUGUUUCAGAACGUGUUGUCCCAGGUGGCCGAUCAGUUCAGCAGGGCUUUUCGCAUCAACGAGCUGAAGACUGAGGUCACCAACCGGCUAGCAAUGCUGGAGAAGAGAGUGGAAUUGGAGGGCUUGAAAGUGGUGGAGAUUGAGAAGUGCAAAAAUGAUCUGAAGAAGCUACGAGAUGAGAUGACCUCAAGAGGAGGUGGCAGGGUAAACUGUCCGUGCAAGUACAACUUCUCAGAUGAUGGGAAGAAGGUCACUCCUCGACGAGAUGUCCCCAAUUACCCAAAGUACACACUCUCUCAGGAGACCGUUGAGGCUUUGAAGAAGCCAACAUUUGAUGUCUGGCACUGGGAACACAAUGAGAUGCUGAGCUGUCUAGAGUAUAUGUACCAUGAUUUGGGACUGGUGAAGGAGUUCAACAUGAACCCGAUCACUCUCAAACGCUGGCUGUUGGCAAUUCAGGAGAACUACCGUAACAACCCUUUCCACAACUUUCGUCACUGCUUCUGUGUUAGUCAGAUGAUGUAUGGCAUGAUCCACCUCUGCAACCUACAGGAGAAGCUGACUCUCACAGACAUGGGCAUUUUAAUGACAGCUGCAGUGUGUCAUGACCUGGACCACCCUGGCUACAACAACACGUACCAAAUCAAUGCUCGCACAGAGCUGGCAGUGCGCUACAAUGACAUCUCUCCCCUGGAGAACCAUCACUGUGCCGUGGCCUUCCAGAUCCUUUCUCUUCCCGAGUGCAAUAUCUUUGCAAAUGUGGAUCCUGAGGCAUUCAAACAGAUCAGACAGGCAAUUAUCACCCUCAUUCUGGCCACUGACAUGGCCAGACAUGGGGAGAUACUAGACUCCUUCAAGCAUAAAGUGGACAACUUUGACUUCACCAAUGAGGAGCAUGUGACAUGCCUGAAGAUGGUUUUGAUCAAGUGCUGUGAUAUUUCCAAUGAGGUGAGACCAACUGAGGUUGCUGAGCCAUGGGUGGACUGUCUACUGGAGGAAUACUUCAUGCAGAGUGACAGGGAGAAGUCUGAGGGUCUCCCAGUGGCUCCCUUCAUGGACAGAGAUAAAGUCACCAAACCUACUGCUCAGAUUGGAUUCAUCAAGUUUGUCCUCAUCCCAAUGUUUGAGACUGUCAUGAAGCUUUUCCCUCAGAUUGAAGAGAUCAUGGUUCAACCUUUGAGAGACUCUCGUGACCACUAUGAGGAGCUGAAGCAGAUUGAUGACGCCAUGACAGAGGCACAGAAGAAAAAAACUGAAAAUAUGUCAUUAGGCGGGAAGAAGAAGUAAGCUCUGCAGUGAGUGAGUGCAGUGGUUUCUGUGGAUCUUCCUUUGUGAUCAAAUUCAGGAAAGACUUUAAAAACCUUGACUGAGGCCCCAGUGAAGACAUUCAGCACUACGUUGUGAAGAUGACAGGUGGAGCAGGAGGACAAGGGAACAAAAAGGGACUGCUUGGCUACAUACUGAACUAAAAUUAGACGUCAAGGUGGCAUGUCUUGAACUUUGACUUAGACUUUUGCACUGGAUGUCACAGAGAGCGACCUGCUGACCUCUCUGUAUAUUUAUGGUGUUUAUGUUGUUCACUAAUUUUUAUUUCAUAGCACAUCAAGAGCUCUCCAUAAAAAAACACUUGAAACCCUCAUUUAAGAUUGAUUACCAUGCAUUUUAAAAAUAGACGAUGACUCUUGAGUAGCCCCGAUGAACAAAAGGUUGGGAUUUUUUUUUACAAGAAUAUAUUAAAUUCUUUUUCUCCCAGUUUCAUGAGUAGAAAAAUAAAAUGCAUCCAAGUGAGAUGCUUUCACCUCACUGUAGCAAUAAAGUUUUGAUUGAUAUGGUGCAUGAUGAGUGUUUUCCAAAGAAUAAUGCAGUUUCACACCUUUCUUUUAUUGUUCACACACAAAAAGCAAUUCAAUAAAACUACACAAUUCUGGGUGUA